AUGGUGAUAGCUCUUAGUCAAUUGUGUGAUAAGUCUAAUGAUCACAUACUGUUCUCAAGUUAUUGGAUGGCUUGUAUGGAAUGUAUCACCAAGAUUGAUUGUUUGUUUGUGGCGGUGAGAUACUGCCAUGGCUGGCUCGGCUGGUGUGAUCUCACGUGUCAAGCUUACAAUACCACCGCGUACUGUCAUAUAUUACGCAGGCAUCAUCGUCAAAGGAGAGGGGCCAAACAACCUUGGCCCCAUCUGAUGGAUCAUGGAACGACUGACUAUCUCUCUGUCUACGGGUGGGCUCAGCUCGACAUUAUCUGCGCAAAGUGGAUCUCUAUCGGACUAUCCGGAAGAUACAUGUUCUUUUCCGCGCAGAAGUUCAUUCCUUCUUCGUCGAUGAUUCGGUUUCUGGAAGGAGGGGGGAGCCUAACUAACCGACCUACCUGGGCGCUGGAUUCUGGAUGGGGUCCACACCGAACGGAUACUUUAUUCCCUCCAAGCUGCGGCGGAAGCUUUAUUGGGCUGAACAGGCGAAAUGACUGGAUGGGUCGUUUAAUAUCGGCACGAGACAGCGCUGAACAGGGUCAGCAUCCAUCGUGGGGAGGGUCCGUUCGAAUUAAGGGUGCCCCAGUAGCAGUAUUUUUCCCUGUAGUCAAACUGCGGAGGAAUACCACGCGGGGGGGCGAAUGCCAAGUUGCCAACCUUACUGGUGUUAAGCAUAUUCUCUCGGCCUUUGUCCGGCGCCAGACCAGCAGGGCACUAUUUCGGAGUAUGAGCGUAAAAACUGACAUGGAUGGAACGACUGACGAUCGAUCCUAUGGCCCUUCUUGCCUAGACUGGGGACCGUGGAUCGCCUACGCGACCUUCGCUCGUAUCGGCUGGCUUGCUCGGCAACUUGACUCAGAUGAGGACACCUGUACUUCUUCCAGCUCUUCGCUCUUCCUUUGGUUUUACGCCCUCAAACCCGACGCACACCAGAGUGUGCCCAUUACAUAA